AUGCUGAUCAAGGAGAGUGGCGAUAGUGGCGGUAAACCAGACGAGCACAUAGGCAUCAGCGAUGCGAACAACGACGCGCUAGACCUUGCGAAUGCCUUCGUGGGACGAGAGGAGGACAAGCUGGGCGACAACUCAGAGUUGAGGACGUACGAUUUGGACGACGACGGGAAAAUGUCGCUGGAAGAACUGAAGGUGAUGUACAAACUUCGAAACAGCAAUACGGGGGGGAUCGCCGGGAGCGACAUCCCACAAAGUCUGCAACCUUCCAGUGGAGACUGGGACGACCACUCCGUGAAAAGCAUCGACGGCGACGACCAAAAGCUGAGUCUCGAGGAAAUUACAGUGGCCGUGCGGCAGCCAGCAGCCUUUCCAAGCCACAGCUACAAUAACGCGGAAGAGGGCAAUUACCGCAACCUGCUACUUCAGUCAUCCCCAAAUUCCUAUAGCUUUGCAGAAAUUUCAUCCACAGACGGUAAUAUGAAAAAAAUCGUCGACGUCCUGCAAAUCGGCGGCGAUUUUACACAGACCGAGUUCAAUCAGCGGGACCUCGACGGCGACGGCCAUAUUGAUGGAAAGGAGCUGCAAGCGGCGGUGUUGUUGGGAAAGACUUUGCAAGCUGAUCAUGCAGGAGGUGAACAAAACGCGCCACAACUGUCCGUGGAAGACGUCCACGCGCGGAUGAAGCUUCUACACCCUGCAAAGUUCGGCUCGUUCGAGAGCGGCGUUGCCACUGCCUACAGCAGUACAGACGACCACGCGGACGAUAAGGUCUCUGCUAUGGAAAUAAAACUUGCGUACCAAAUGCAAGGGGCGAGCGAAAAAAUGUCGAUCGAAACUAAAAAAAAUGCCGAUACGGCCCGAGAGACUGUGAACCAAUACUUAGGAAGAGAUGCAAAAAUCGCUAGCAUUGCUGAGCUUAAGACAUAUGACUUUGACGAAGACGGAAAGAUCUCCCUGGCCGAACUGAAGGUGAUUCACGAACUGAAAACAAAC